UGGUAGGGGGUUCUGAUACGGAUGCUGGAAGGCGGGUCCAGAGUGGUAGGGGCGGGUUUUUGGUCGACUGGAGGCGGGGCCUGGAAGGCAGGAGCCUAGCCUAGGCUUGCGGGGGCUGGCUUUUGUCCAGGGAAGGCAGGCCCGACCUACGUAAGCCUUCGUGUCGCCAUGGCAGCAGGAACGCGCAGCUCCGUAAAAGUGCGGGCUAGCCAGGAAGAUGCUGAACCAAACCGGCCGAUAAUUUAUGAGGUAGGUGCUGAAAAGUGGUGAGUAGCUGAGAAAUAUUACCACUUGUUGAGCCUCCAGAUCGGAAAUAGAGAUGUGCAUAGAGACGAGGGUGCGAAGGGGAAAACGCAGAAUAUUUCGGUCUGAGUCCUCUCAGGACCCUGUAGAGUCUUAGUGUGAAGUUCCUGCUUCAGACGUUAGAGCUUGGAGAUGAGUUGUAACUCAUUCCCCUUCCUUAACCCAUCGUACCAUUCUCCCCAAAUAUACCUGUUGGAUCAAUAUGAGGAUGAUUCCCUGAAGAUGAGUAGAAUACUGACAAGGGAAUUGCAACACAUACGCACACGCACGCACACACACCACACAUUAGUGUUGCUAUUAUCAACCUUAUAGAGAAUCAACGCUAAUUUACAAUGGUUGUAGUAUCACAUAAAAUUCAGUAGUCGUCGCUGCCGCCGCCACUAUCACCACCUUUAAAGUAAUUGCUAGGCCUUUUCUCUGACACCGACCCCGUUAGUUCGAGUGGGUUUAGAAGAGGUGGGCUGGAAAACUACCCUCGUUGCAAAUUGUUGGGGCAAUUCUAUGGCUUAUUUUCUAUGUGCUAGUUAGGGGUAAACAAAAUAACCCUUUUCAAGGGUUCUUAGCUUUGAGGUUCAAAAUGCUGUAGGCAACACUGUAUUGACAUAAAAUUGGGUAGGCAAAUUCUGCCAUAGAAUUAAAUGCUGAACCAGUUGCAGCAUGUGUGUCUGUGAUCCCUCCACUUAGAACGUGGAGACAGGAUGUUCAGGAGUUCAAAGCCAUUCUCUGUUACAUAGAAAAUUGGAGACCAGCCUGGGUUUCAUGGGACCCUUUCUCAACUUCCCACACCCAGUUUCAAUGUAUAUGCUUCCUGUGACAGGUUAAAAGUUUCCCAGGAUAAAAAUAAAAGUAAGUUUAAGAAGUUUCUCUAUUAAAAAAUAUUUAUUUUAUUCGUAUGAGUACACUAGCUAUCUCCAGACACACCAGAAGAGGGCAUCGGAUCCCAUUACAGACGGUUGUGAGCCAUCAUGUGGUUGCUGGGAACUGAACUCAAGACUCUGGGAGAGCAGUCAGUGUUCGUAACCACUGAGCCAUCUCUCCAGCCCGAAGAAGUUUCUGAUGAAUAAAAAAUGUGCCCAGAGCAGAUAAUCUGGUAUUUCUUCUGGUUAUCUUAAUAAGUCCCAUGGUUUUUUGUUUGUCUGUUUGUUUGUUUGUUUUUUGGACAAGUGUGGGGAAGACUGUGUGUUGGGGGAGGUGGUGGAGAGUAGAGCCAAGAAAACAUCCUUCUUAUUUCUGUGAAAACCUAAGUUAAAAUUGUUUUAAAGUGUCACUGAAGAACUAGAGAGAUGGCUCAGUUAUCAAGGCUUUUCUGGAGGACCUGAGUUAGGUUUCCCACAGCCACGUGCAGUGGCUCUUAACCUCCGGUAGCUCCAGUUGCAGGACGUCCAUCCCUUCUUCUGACCUCCACUGUCACCAGCCCGCCUCUACCCCUACGCACAAACACAUAGAUAAAAGAAAAUGCAACUAGGAUGACUCUCUUGCCAUUAUAGCAUCUUAGCUGCUCAUCAGGGUCCUAAGUCUGAUACUUCAAGAUGACUUAAGUUGAUAGACUAAAGGAAGCGACCUGGCUCCUAACUUAGCUUUUUUUAAAAAAAAAAUAUUUUAUUUAUUUAUUAUAUAUUAUGAUUACACUGUCGCUAUCUUCAGACACACCAGAAGAGGGCAUCAGAUCUCAUUUCAGAUGGUUGUGAGCCACCAUGUGGUUGCUGGGAUUUGAACUCAGGACCUCAGGAAGAGAAGUCAGUGUUCUUAACCACUGAGCCAUCUCUCCAGGCCUUAAUUUAGCUUUUGAAUUUUCUUCUCCGAUGUACCUUCACGCAUCUCCUUUUCCUGUCUUCAGGUGGCCCUGAGUCGGAUCUUCUAGGGAAUCUGAAGAUGGGGACUCAAGUGGUUAUGAGAGUCUGUAACUCCUCUCUGCCUGGAGCGCCCUCUCAACAGCUACAGGCCUAUGUGGCCUGGGUGAAUGCCCAGCUGAAGAAGAGGCCAUCCGUGAAGCCUGUGCAGGACCUGCGACAGGAUCUCCGAGAUGGAGUAAUCCUGGCCUAUCUCAUCGAGAUUGUUGGUGUUGUCGAUGUUGUUGUUUUUCUUCUCCUAACAGCAGGAGAAAAACUGAGCGGAGUACAGUUGAGUCCUAGUAACCAGCAGGAGAUGAAGAGCAAUGUGGAGAGGGUCCUACAGUUUGUGGCUUCCAAAAAUAUUCGUAUGCACCAGACUUCGGCUAAAGAUAUUGUGGAAGGAAACCUGAAGUCUAUCAUGAGGCUGGUCCUUGCCUUGGCAGCUCAUUUUAAACCUGGCUCUAGCAGGACGGUGAGCCAGGGGCGAGACUCCAGAACCUCUGUGCAGAGUCAUCAACCACACUGUGCCACCGCUGUGGCCCAAGGAGCAGCGGCUGCUCUGGCUGAUGUGUGCCAUGACGUGUCACGGUCAGGACGGGAUGUCUUCAGAUACAGACAGAGGAAUGCCAGUGUGGAUGAGGAGAUCGAGAACCCAUACUGGAGUGUGCGAGCACUUGUGCAGCAAUACGAAGGCCAGCAAAGGUCCCCAUCUGAGUCCAGCUGCUCCAGUCUGACUUCACCCAGUCCAAUUCACAGUGCAAAGAGCGAAUCCAUUAUAACCCAGUCAGAGGAAAAGGCCGAUUUUGUGAUUAUUCCCUCUGAAGGAAUAGAGAACAGAACAGACGAGACAGGCUCUCCAUUAUCCCGAGACUGGAGGCCGGGAAGCCCAGGAACCUACCUGGAAGCCACAUGGGAAGAACAACUGUUGGAGCAACAAGAACACUUGGAAAAAGAAAUGGAGGAAGCCAAGAAAAUGAUUUCAGGACUACAGGCCUUGCUACUCAAUGGCUCUCUACCGGAGGAUGAACAGGAAAGACCGGUGGCCCUCUGUGAACCAGGAGUCAAUCCCGAGGAACAGCUGAUUAUAAUCCGAAGCCGUCUGGAUCAAAGUAUGGAGGAGAAUCAGGACCUUAAGAAAGAACUGCUGAAAUGCAAACAAGAAGCCAGAAACUUACAGGGGAUAAAGGAUGCCUUGCAGCAGAGGUUGACUCAGCAGGACACGUCCGUUCUUCAGCUCAAGCAAGAGCUGCUGAGGGCAAAUAUGGAUAAGGAUGAGCUGCACAACCAGAAUGUGGAUCUGCAGAGGAAGCUUGACGAGAGGAACCGGCUCUUAGGAGAAUAUAAAAAAGAUCUGGGACAGAAGGACCGCCUUCUUCAACAGCAGCAGGCCAAGUUGGAAGAUGCUCUUCGGAAACUCUCAGACGCCAGUUACCAGCAGGUGGAUCUAGAACGGGAGCUAGAGCAAAAAGAUGUCCUUCUGGCUCACCGCGUGAAAGGAGACACAGAUGAGGUGACAAAUUACAACAGUCACAGCUCUCAGCGCAAUGGCUUUGUCCUUCCGGUGGCAGGGAGAGCCGCCACUACUGCCACCCACAGAGGGCCACAGAGCAGUGACCUCCAGCUCGUCCGAGAUGCUCUACGUAGCCUGCGAAACAGCUUCAGUGGUCAUGACCCUCAGCAUCACACCAUUGACAGCCUGGAGCAGGGAAUCUCUAGCCUCAUAGAGCGUCUGCAUGUCAUAGAGACACAGAAGAAACAGGAAAGGAAGGUUCGGGGGCGGUCACCCAGAAAUCAAGCAAGCAGUGAAUAUCGAGCCUCCUGGCCCCCCAAUUCCACGUUGCCUCACUCCCAGAGCUCCCCGGCCGUCAGCAACACCUGCACUAAAGUGCUCUACUUCACGGACCGCUCACUCACGCCCUUCAUGGUCAAUAUACCAAAGAGGCUGGGGGAGGUGACACUGAAGGACUUUAAAGCAGCUAUUGAUCGAGAAGGGAGUCACCGGUACCACUUCAAAGCACUGGAUCCCGAGUUUGGCACUGUCAAAGAGGAGGUUUUCCAUGAUGAUGAUGCCAUCCCUGGAUGGGAAGGGAAAAUCGUAGCCUGGGUAGAAGAUCAUAGAGAGAAUUAACUGGACCUGGACACUCCCUGGCUGCUUCUCUCAGGAAAGAGGACUAACACCAGAGGACACUGAGAAGUUUCUAACUCGUGCUGCCAAAAAGAAGCUUCUUCAAGUAUGAUGGUCACGGGCCAGUCCUGUUUGUGUGCCUGGCAUAUCUGGUACUUCAAAUCUCUGUCCAAAACAUAGGAAUAUGGGUCCAUCUGGAGCUCCUUGUCAGUGGGAACAGUGUUUUCUUCUACUCUGAGGACAUCAAACCGAAGGCCUUAACCACCAGGGAAGGAUGACCCCUCUCUCGUAGGGGCAUGGCUGCUAUGAUCGGAACCUGGAGUGGAAGCAUCAGUCCGUCGGUUGGCCUUGAUGGUUGCAGCAAUCAGAGCCCAGCAUUUGUGCUUACAGACAAGGCAGAGGUACCAACUUUGCUGCUUCUUUGCAGACACUGCAAACCAGGAGUGACUUGUGAGGUGGUACCAAAGAUGAGAGCCUAAAUGCAUAACUGGCCUGGACGUGAACGAUACUGACUUGUUGACUGGGUGGGGAGAGGGCCGCCCAUAUUGUGCUAUACUACGCCAAAACCAUAACUCAGACCUUGGGCUGCCUCCUGUUUUUAACUGGCUCUGCAGCUUGUCCUUAGCCCACUGUGGGCAUUUUUCACAUGCUGUUGGUUUUCUCUGGGGACUCUUUAACUUUAGAGCCAUUUUAUUUUUCUCCAAACAGAUAAACCUUGUGUUUGAAAAGGAUGAGAGAAGCGAGAGGCUCCUUAAGAAUCCAGGAUACAGAAAGGUGCUGUUACCCACAUCCCUUGACACGAACUCAUGGCAUCGCCUUUGCAAGGAGACAGACCUUUAAUUUGUGUUUGUGAGUUGAGUACUGAGCACGACUUACUGGUCUGCCUCUCCCUUCGCGGCUGGAGUUACUUUCUAUUACACAUUUAGCUUGGGCUGCUCCCUGAGGGCCAUGCCCAGUGGAACCCUUGGGCACGGAGCGUGAGUGAGUUGUGAAUGGCAGGGUUGAUUCAAGGUGAAGUCAUUUCUUAUUGCAACAUUGCCGAGUAUGAAGCUAAAGAGUUCAACUUCCAGAGGUUCCUCACUAACUUGGGUUUUCUCAUUCACUCACCUAGCACCAUCUGCCAGUCAGCCAUGGUUAUCUGUUUAUACAGUCCCUCAAGCAGUCUGCAACCACACUGUACACUGCCAAACAGAAGAGUGGGACAGAGGGCUCAGUCUGGGGCCUGCCUGUCUCUGUCUCCCAUUUUCAGCCAUUUGAACAGCAUAUUCUUUGGAACGCUGAGAUAACGUCUUAUUGUUUUUUAUAGACAUGUCUUUUAAAAAUAGUCCAUGUUUGAGAAUUGUUUUGUACUUGUUUGCUUUUGUCUGAGAACCAUGUCUAUUUUUCUAACUUGAAUGACUUCUGUGUAAUCUCACGUUCCCUGUACUCUAUCCAUUUUCUACAACACCCAGUAGCUUUUCUACCUUCUCUUCCUACUGCCUCCUGUGGUUUCAGAACAAGCUUUAUUUUGUUACGAGUAUACUAAUGGCAGUUUGUUCUGUCCAAUUCUCCCUGCUUUUAGUGGUGGAGAUCUUUUUUAUUUUAUUUUUUCUAGUUGAUUGCUCUUCUAAAAGACAUGAGAUCAAAAAGACCUGAUGUCUUCCAUGCACACUACCCUGGUCUUCUUUUGAAGAACAAUUUUUCAUCAGCUGUAACUAGGAAAGUUCAGGAAAGUCAGCCAUAAGCAAGAACAACUCAUUGUGAAAGCCAACAGAAGAAAAAUGUUAUUUCCGUUUUUUUCCAAGUCAAUUGGAGGGAUUAAAAAGUCCGUGUAUCACCAAUUUCUCUGUUGCAUGAACUUUAGUGUUUUACUAUCUGACAGCAUGAAAGUGAUCAGGCUAAACUUCAAUACUGUAGUCCAGAUACAACUUACCUUGAAUGUCUGCUCUUAAAUAAGGUUUUCCUUGUCCGUUUCCUUUCAGCAGUCUUAACAUUAUGUGAAAUUAACUUUUCAGCCAAAAUUAAAUCAGAGAAAAAACUUCAAGCCCUCUACAUCGUCUUUUUUUUUUUUUUUUUCAUUUUUGGGAAAGGACCUGCCUGGCCUCAAUGCCUACACACAGAGCAGAGGUCGAAUGGAGUUCAUUAGCCUCAUGUACCAUAAGUAAAAUGGCCAAGCAUCUCUCCCGGAGGAUGUAUUUCAUUAAUUCCUGUACAUAGUGGGUCAGACAUCCUCAUUCCGGUCCAUAAUUCUGGAAUCUUCAGAACAGGGGCAAGCAUAAAUUCAUUCACUUUUAAAUAAUAUCUUAUUUGGCUAAACUCAAGGACAGCAGUUCUCUACCUGUAGGUUGUGACCCCUCUGGGGAUCAAACAACUCCCAGGGGCUGCCUAAGACACUGGAAAACACAGAUAUUUACAUUAUGAUUUAUAACAGUAACAAAAUUAGUUUUAUGGUGGGGAUCACAACAUGAACUGUACUAAAGGGUCACAGCAUUAGGUAGGUUGAGACCACUGCUCUUGGAGAACUUGUGGCUUAAAACUAUUGCUUCCUGGUGAUACUGGUAUGGGCUAGUCCAUUUUGCCAUUGCUGACAUCCUCUUUCCUUGGGAAAAGUGGUUUCAACCCUUUAAUCCCAGCACUGGGGAUGCAGAGGCAGGGAGGUCUCUUUGAGUUUAAGGCUAGCCUGGUCUACUCAGUAAGUUCCAUGACAGCCAGAACUACAUAGUGAGACUCUGCUUUGAAAAACAACAGAAAACAAAACCAAAACAAAUGUACUCAUCUGUAGAAAUGUUCCUACAUACACCUAUAUACACAUAAGUAAAAAUAAAUCUUAAAAAUGACCUCAAAUGCUAAUUUAGUUAUUUAAAAACUGAAGAGUAUCAUCUUCUUGCUCAAUUCCCUCAAUCAUUGGGAACACUUUACAGUUUGUACCUGAAGCUUCUGCCUGGUCAUAGAUACAUGCCUGUAAUUCCAACAUUUGGGAGGCUGAGGCAGGAGUACUGGUUAGUGCCGAUCUGGCCUAUAAUGAGAUCUGUGCCCGGGUUAAAUAGAAGGAUGCGUUAGAUACAUUUGGCAACUCCAGUGCUCCUUUUGGACUGAGUUUUCAGCUCUUUUGACUGGGAUAACUAAGUUAUGAAAAGAUCUUUAUGUUCUACAUCCAACUUAAGAAUAUCAGUUACUGAACAACAUACCAGUUAUAAUCAAAAUUCUCAUCUUACUCAUAAGUAUCAUCAUUACACACUCUUACUUGUCAAACUUAAGAGGUAUAGCUUGCUUAAAAUACCUAUGUGUAAAGUUCUAUUUUCUUAGAAACAUGGAUGUUUGUAACCAUGGCUUUCAGAGAUUCUUACCACGUAUUCUGUUUUACUGUGCUUUCAUAGACUGUUAUACCAGAGGUUUCCGAUUAUCAAAGUAAUAACGUGUUUUAACUGCCUAUAUGUACCAGAGUUGUGAACAAGUCAAAACCAAACACACGCACUCUGAAUAAAAGGGAGUUUGCAAACUAAA